UUAUCAGCAGUUUUUAAUGCAAGUCAUUUAGAAGAGCUCCGAUGUUUUGUGUUAUUUUUAACUAGCCGAAGUUUAUACCAGGUCAGUUGAAAUAGUUCUCUCUGGAAUCGAUUCAUGAUGUCAGGAGGCGAAUUAUCAACAAGAGAAUUAUAUGAGCUGCUGAAAAAAUCACAGGAAGAACAAACCGAAAUAAUCACCAAAGAAAUCAACAAAAAUAAAGAAGAAUUAGAAAAAAAGUUGUUAGAAACGGAGAAACAAAUCAUUGUUCUGGAAGAAAGAAACCUUACCCUAGAAAGACAAUUGAAAAAGAACAAUAUUAUUGUAUUCGGACUGAAUCAAACUCCAGAAAACCUAUUGGAACAAACUUUGGCAAAUCUCAAUAAUUUACUGGGAUUGAAUCUUCAAAAACACGAUAUCAAUAAUUUAUAUGAAAUCGGAAAACACGAAGGAAAUAAAGGAGUGUUGAUACAAUUUGUUUCUUUUUUGAACAAAAAGAAUAUUUUUAAAAACAUUGCAAAACUGAAAAAUACAAAAAUAUCUAUUGUGAAUGAUCUGUGUCCCCAAGAUCGUGAGAAACAAAAAGUACUCGUAAAACAUCUGAAAGCUGCAAGAGAGAAUAACAAGAAAGCAAGAAUACGGGGAUUUAAAUUAGAAAUUAAUGAUAAACUGUACUCUGUGGAAGAAUUAGAAAAUCUAGACUCAGAGAGUGAAUUCGAAAGCCAAUCAGAAGAAGAUACUGAUAUAGGCGGAGAGGAGGAAAGUAGCUUGAAUCAAAAACCAACGGAGAAGAAAAAAAGGAACAGAACUAGUCCAGUAUCAGCGAGAGAAACAAAAAAAAGAAGAGGACAUACUGGAAACAACUUCUCACCCAAAAACACACGUGCCAAAACAUCAGAGAAGAGCGCAAAAUAA